AUGCCGGUGGCACCGGAGAGGUCCUGUCCUGUGUCCUGGCAAAGAGAAGCUUUCCUGGGGGGCGGCUGCGUGGCCCUGGUUCGGCAGACGGGCUCCCCAUUUUUGGCGGGAGAGCCGUGGCUGCAGGACUUGGAGAGGGAUGAAGACAGCCUGAGCGAGAAGGAGUGCGUCAAGGAGAAGCUGAGCCUCAUCCACGGCUUCCUCCAAGCCGAUGUCCAGAACCAGUUGAGCGAGCUGGAAGCCAAACUCCGCUGCGAGGAGCUGUCAGAGGAGAGGUACCUGGCCAAGGUGAAAGCCCUGCUGCACCAAGAGCUCUCGGCGGAGAAUGGGGACGUGGCACCGCUGCUGCAGGCAUCGAACGGGUGCUCCAAAAACGGCGCCUACGGGAGCGACGAGGACUCGGAGCGAGCAGGACCCGAUGGGGAAGAAGACAGCGCGAUGGAGAUGGAGGAAGCAGCCGCCUCUUCUUCCUCCUCUUCGUUGGUCCCCACGCCGCGGGCACGCAAGGCCAGGAGGAGCCGAUCCAACGGGGAGAGCAAAAAGUCUCCCGCUAGUUCCCGGGUCACUCGGAGCUCCGGCCGGCAGCCGACCAUCCUGAGCAUGUUCUCCAAAGGGUCCAACAAACGGAAAUCGGAGGAGGUGAACGGGGAAGUGAAGCAGGAGGCGAUGAACGUGGAGAAGGAGGAAGAGGAGCUGGAGGAGAAGGAACAAGAUGAGAAAAGGAUUAAAAUCGAAACCAAAGAAGGGUUGGAGAUAAAAGAUGAAAUUACUCAGGUUAAAACUACAACACCUGCUAAAACCACUCCUCCCAAGUGCGUCGACUGCAGACAGUACCUCGAUGAUCCUGACCUCAAAUUCUUCCAAGGAGAUCCUGAUGAUGCCCUGGAGGAGCCAGAAAUGCUGACGGAUGAGCGUUUGUCCCUCUUUGACGCUAACGAAGAUGGCUUUGAGAGCUACGAGGACCUGCCGCAGCACAAAGUCACCUCUUUUAGCGUCUAUGACAAGCGAGGUCACUUGUGCCCCUUUGACACCGGCCUGAUCGAGAGGAACAUCGAGCUGUAUUUCAGUGGUGCUGUGAAGCCCAUCUACGACGAUAACCCUUGUUUGGAUGGUGGGGUGAGAGCCAAGAAGUUGGGACCCAUAAACGCCUGGUGGAUCACGGGGUUCGAUGGAGGGGAGAAGGCUUUGAUCGGCUUCACCACAGCCUUCGCAGAUUACAUCCUGAUGGAGCCCAGCGAGGAGUACGCUCCCAUCUUCGCCCUCAUGCAAGAGAAGAUCUACAUGAGUAAAAUCGUUGUUGAGUUCCUGCAGAACAACCGCGACGUCAGCUACGAGGAUCUGCUCAACAAAAUUGAGACCACUGUACCUCCUGCGGGGCUGAACUUCAACCGCUUCACAGAGGACUCGCUCCUGCGACAUGCCCAGUUCGUGGUGGAGCAGGUGGAAAGCUACGAUGAAGCCGGGGACAGCGACGAACCCCCCGUCCUCAUCACGCCCUGCAUGAGGGACUUGAUCAAGUUGGCUGGAGUCACCCUGGGGAAGAGGCGAGCUGUCAGGCGGCAGGCCAUCCGGCACCCCACCAAAAUAGACAAGGACAAGGGUCCCACCAAAGCCACCACCACCAAGCUGGUGUACCUCAUCUUCGACACCUUCUUCUCGGAGCAGAUCGAGAAGGACGAGAAGGAAGAUGACAAGGAGAAUGCCAUGAAGCGCCGGCGCUGCGGUGUCUGUGAGGUUUGCCAGCAGCCUGAGUGUGGGAAGUGCAAAGCUUGCCAGAACAUGGUGAAGUUUGGGGGCAGCGGACGGAGUAAGCAGGCUUGUUUGCAGAGGAGGUGUCCCAACCUGGCCGUCCGGGAAGCUGAUGAGGACGAGGAGGUAGAUGACAACAUCCCUGAGAUGCCAUCACCUAAGAAGAUGCUGCAGGGCAGGAAGAAGAAGCAGAACAAGAGCCGUAUCUCCUGGGUGGGGGAGCCCAUCAAGAGCGAUGGGAAGAAGGACUACUACCAGAGGGUCUGCAUUGACUCGGAGACCCUGGAGGUGGGAGAUUGUGUCUCCGUCAGCCCUGAUGAUCCCACCAAGCCCCUCUACCUCGCCAGGGUGACAGCCAUGUGGGAGGACAGCAGUGGCCAGAUGUUCCACGCACACUGGUUCUGCCCCGGCUCAGACACUGUCCUGGGGGCCACCUCUGACCCCCUGGAGCUCUUCUUGGUGGACGAGUGUGAGGACAUGCAGCUCUCCUACAUCCAUGGCAAAGUCAAAGUGAUCUACAAGGCGCCCUCGGAGAACUGGUCCAUGGAGCAGGGCGGGCUGGACAUGGAGAUCAAGAUGGUGGAAGACGACGGGAGAACUUACUUUUAUCAGAUGUGGUAUGACCAGGAGUACGCUCGAUUCGAGUCCCCACCGAAAACUCAGCCCACGGAAGACAACAAAUACAAGUUCUGCAUGAGCUGCACACGCCUGGACGAGGUGAGGCACAAGGAGAUACCCAAAGUGGCUGAGCCCCUGGAUGAAGGGGAUGGGAAGAUGUUCUACGCCAUGGCCACCAAGAAUGGAGUGCAGUACAGGGUGGGAGAUGGCGUAUACCUCCUGCCGGAAGCCUUUUCCUUCAGCAUGAAACCCGCCAGCCCAGCCAAGCGCCCCAAAAAGGAGGCGGUGGAUGAGGAGCUGCACCCAGAGCACUACCGCAAGUACUCCGAGUACAUCAAGGGCAGCAACCUGGAUGCCCCCGACCCUUACCGCGUGGGCCGCAUCAAAGAGAUCUUCUGCAACAUCCGCAGCAAUGGCAAACCGAACGAGGCCGACAUCAAGCUGCGUAUCUGCAAGUUUUACAGACCCGAAAACACGCACAAGUCCAUGAAAGCCAGCUACCAUGCAGACAUCAACCUCCUGUACUGGAGUGACGAGGAGACGACGGUCGACUUCCGUGCCGUGCAGGGCCGUUGCACGGUGGUGUAUGGGGAAGACCUGACGGAGAGUAUCCAGGACUACUCUGCUGGUGGGCUUGACCGCUUCUACUUUUUGGAGGCUUACAAUGCAAAAACCAAGAGCUUUGAAGAUCCUCCCAACCAUGCUCGGAGCUCUGGCAAUAAAGGGAAGGGAAAGGGGAAAGGGAAAGGCAAAGGCAAAGGGAAGUCGUCGGUGAGCUGCGAGCAGAGUGAGCAGGAGCCGGCCGAGCUGAAGCUCCCCAAGCUGAGGACGUUGGAUGUCUUCUCUGGCUGCGGAGGGCUGUCCGAAGGCUUCCACCAGGCAGGCGUGUCGGAGACGCUCUGGGCCAUCGAGAUGUGGGAACCGGCCGCCCAGGCUUUCCGGCUGAACAACCCUGGCACUACCGUCUUCACGGAGGAUUGCAACGUCCUGCUGAAGCUGGUCAUGUCUGGUGAGAAGACCAACUCGCUGGGGCAGAAGCUGCCGCAGAAGGGGGAUGUGGAGAUGCUGUGCGGUGGUCCUCCGUGCCAGGGCUUCAGCGGCAUGAACCGCUUCAACUCCCGCACCUACUCCAAGUUCAAGAACUCCCUGGUGGUCUCCUUCCUCAGCUACUGCGACUACUACAGACCGCGGUUCUUCCUUCUGGAGAACGUCAGGAACUUUGUGUCCUUCAAGCGUUCCAUGGUGCUGAAGCUCACCUUGCGCUGCCUUGUCCGCAUGGGUUACCAGUGCACCUUCGGGGUCCUACAGGCUGGCCAGUAUGGCGUGGCCCAGACGCGGCGGAGAGCCAUUGUCCUUGCCGCAGCUCCCGGCGAGAAGCUGCCCAUGUUCCCCGAGCCCUUGCACGUGUUCGCGCCCCGUGCCUGUCAGCUGAGCGUCGUGGUGGACGACAAGAAGUUCGUUAGCAAUAUCACCCGGACAUAUUCCGGCCCCUUCCGCACCAUCACCGUGCGGGACACCAUGUCCGACCUUCCGGAGAUCAGGAACGGUGCCUCCGCCUUGGAGAUCUCCUACAAUGGCGAGCCCCAGUCCUGGUUCCAGCGGCAGAUCCGGGGCUCCCAGUAUCAGCCCAUCCUCAGGGACCAUAUCUGCAAGGACAUGAGUGCCCUGGUCGCAGCCCGGAUGAGACACAUCCCCUUGGCCCCCGGUUCUGAUUGGCGUGACCUGCCCAACAUCGAAGUGCGGCUGUCAGACGGCACAACCACGCGCAAGCUGCGGUACACGCACCACGAGAAGAAAAAUGGCCGCAGCAGCUCCGGGGCGCUGCGGGGGGUCUGCUCCUGUGCUGAAGGCAAGCCUUGCGACCCCGCGGACCGGCAAUUCAACACCCUCAUCCCCUGGUGCCUGCCCCAUACCGGCAACCGGCACAACCACUGGGCUGGGCUCUACGGGCGCCUGGAGUGGGAUGGCUUCUUCAGCACCACCGUCACCAACCCCGAGCCCAUGGGCAAGCAGGGUCGGGUGCUGCACCCGGAGCAGCACCGAGUGGUGAGUGUGAGGGAGUGUGCCCGCUCCCAGGGCUUCCCCGAUACUUACCGCCUCUUCGGGAACAUCCUCGACAAGCACAGACAGGUCGGUAACGCAGUGCCUCCUCCUCUAGCCAAAGCCAUCGGGCUGGAGAUCAAGUCGUGUGUGUUGGCGAAGCUGAGAGAAGACACGGCGGAGACCAGCGCUCCGGAGAAGAUGGAGACCACGGAAACUGCCGACUGACGCGCGGCCUCUCCUCCGGCACCAGGACACCCAAACAUGCACUGAUUUAUUUUAAACCCCUUUUAUUUUUUUGUUUGUUUGUUUGGUUUUUUGGGGGUUAUUUUUUUUUUUUUUUUUUUGUUUUUUUUUUUUUUUUUUUUUUUUUUAAUUCCCGGCCUGUGGGGACCUGCCGUGGCCUGUCCCCCUCUGGCCCUGCUCGUGUCUGUCUCCCGGCUGCCCUCUGCCGCUGUCUGUGAUGGUUGAACU